UUGUUUCUUCAAGUAACGACUCGAGAUUGUCGGUUAACUUUUUUGAUGCAAUUAAAAGGAGAAUUAUUCCAUCUCCUAUUCAAAUGAUAGACGCAAUGAACAAUCCAAUUCAAAAAUCAAUGAUUAUUAAAGUUAUUUUAAUUAUUUUAAAUCUUAAAAUAAUUAACAGUACACUAAUCAACUUUAUUUGCUUCUGUUACGUUUAUCUGUAUUAAAUGGAAGAGGAGAAAAACAAAAAUUAGAUGGAAAAUGCCUUUCACUUCUCAAGGAAGUCAAUCGGAUAAUUGAAGUAAACAAAAUGUUUUAAAUUAUCAAAAUAUUUUAAAACUCUGAUAAAAGAAUGAGCCAAUAGUUAUUCGCUUGAAUUACUCGCCUUCUCGUAGUCUUUUCAUUCGUGAUCUUGAAUCAUUACUUAAAACUCGUGCAUCACGUGGUCAACGUGGAUCUUAUUAUGAAAAUAAUAUGUCUACAUUUCGUUUUAUGUCAAUGACUGCUAUAAUAAUGGAAGAAUCACGUGAAUAUAACAGUUUUAAUUUAAUGGUCGAUCUUGGCUCAACACUUGGACUUUAUUUUGGACUAACAAUCUUAACAAUUUUUGAAUUUAUAAUUUUUAUUCUUUAUCGUUCUGCGUCUCAUAACCCAGCAGAAGUACAAAAACCUCCACCGGAAUCAGUUAUUUACAACAUUCCUCUUAAAACUAACAUAAACAAAAAAGAAUUAAGACAAAGAAAGAAAAAGAAAAAUUAUAUAAUACCUAUAAUUUCUUAA